AUGGUCUUGCCGGGCUUAGACGCUCGAGAAGAGUGCUUGCUGGCCCAGCUCGUGGCUUCCUAUGGCUACAAAUGGCAGACCAUAAGCGAUUGCAUGGUCACCCAUCCUCUCGUUUCCGUCCAACAUCGCAGCCGUCUCAAUCCAGACACAUGCUGGGAAUGCUACAGGGCUCUGUUGAAGCGGGAGCUUGACAUUGACGCUGACCAGCCCAUCGAUGCGACGACAAAGACAAAAGACUUGCCGUCGGCCAAACUGGCGAAUCUGCUGCAUGCCAGGCGGAUAGCAGAGCUCAGAGAUUCCAUCAGAACCUAUGAGCAGCGCUUCACGUGGGUCUCCUUUGCGUGCUCUGCUGCUGCUGCCAUAGCUGAUCCGGUCGUCUUCAGCACACUCUAUGGCGAGAUCGAUGAGUUACGCAAGGCCGAACCCGUCUGA